UUCGACACAAUUUGGCAGCACUGUUGAGCAAUUGUUUAUUUGUGUUUACUUAAUUUAUAUGAAUUCUACUGGCGUUGAACUGCAUCCCAAUUGGCGUGCUCUAACCACAUUAAAUGUGCCACUUAAACGCUUUUUGCGCGCUGGAACAAUCGAGCAGGAGAAGGAAGAGAAGAAGAAACACACAAUCGAUGGUGUCAGUGGUGAUGAAGUGCAAAAGUUUUACAAGGAAAUUUUGCAGACGCCAGUCUCAAGAAAAACAAUCAACACAAGCAAUAACAACAAUAACAACAUUGCAAGACGAGCUAAGGAAACGCCAGAGCUGCCAUUUGACAGGAAUCGUUACUUUCGCCUGGCAAUCAAUAAUAAUGUAAAAGAGUUGUGCCAAUUGCUCAUCACUAAUGAGGAGGAAUUAAAUGCACGCGAUGCUUUUGGUUGGACUGCGCUAAUGAUGGCGUCAUGUGAAGGGUCUGUAGAUUCUGUAACCUUUUUAUUGCAACUUGGCGCAAAUACUGAAGUGGCAGACAAAAGUGGCAACACUGCACUGGAGUUGGCAAAGCGGAAAAAUCAUGAGGCUGUGGUGCAAAUGCUGGAGGUGAGCAGCAGGAAUAGAGAACAAUCGAAAAUGGUGGAUAUCGAUAGUGAGCGCGAUUUGAAUGCAGUUGAUAGCGAUAUUAAAAUGCCAUUCUACUGCGAGGUGUGUCAAAGGGAUUACAACGAAUCCACAUGGCGAACUCAUCAAACCUCCACAGUGCAUCGUUUUAACCGCAAUUAUCUGCCCGCCCACAAGCUGCAAAAGUUCAACAUUUCGGCCAAGAAUCGUGGCCUACAACUGAUGGUUAAACAAGGCUGGGACCGGGAACAUGGGCUGGGACCAACACAAAGCGGACGCCUCUAUCCCGUCAAGACUGUGCUGCGCAAGCAACGCACCGGACUGGGUAUUGAACAAUCCCCGGCGCGGGUGACACAUUUUCAUGAAUUUGACAGUAGCGCCACCUGUCGGCGAAAUGCGAAACCACCGCGACGAACACGAAACGAAAUGAAGCGCGAAAAACUGCAGGAUUCGAAACGGGAGCGUCGACUGCGACAUGAGCUGAGCUAGCGGAUAAUAGGGGUAUUCCUGAAGCAGACUCAAAUUUCAAAUAACUUAAUUGAAUUGAAAUAAAGCCACAAAAUAAUUGAA